CCUCAUUUCUAGUUCUUUACACAUGGUUGAGAUUCUCCGUAGUUACUGGAAUGAAUUGAAUGAUUCAGCCAUGGGUGCUGCCUACCCAGUUCACCUGGUGGAGAAGGGCCACAGUGCUAUCAGGAGAAAAAAAAAUGGAAGCAGAAUUUUGUGGGGUACCUUGGCUCCAUUAGUGUGCUGUGUGGCCUAGGGGUGUGUGCCCAGUAGGCUCUGCAGGUAUUUCUUGAUGAGGUCUAAACACCAAGCUAUUUCUCUCCCGCGUAUUAAGGGACUCGAUAGACAGGACGCCUGGACAGGGCUCUGUUCAUUGUGGCUGAGGUUAGCACUCCUCUGGGUGGUGACAGACCCUGUCCCUUAGAAGGAUGGCAGCUUGGUCUGUGCUAAAUUAGUUCCAAAGCAUCAGAUGAGCAAUGACGUCCUUUUUGUGUUAACACUCCCCAGGCGGGUCACAAGGAGUGGCUGGAGGGAGAGGAAGGGCUGUGUUACUCAAACACCCAUCUUGCCAGUAAUUACUUCUUUCCUGGCUGACCUCUGCUUUCUGUGCAAGUGUCCUCCCCUCCCGUUAUUCUCCUGCCCUCCUCUUUCACAUUUUCUUUCUUUCUUUUCUUUCUUUCUUUUCUUUUCUUUUCUUUUCUUUCAAAUUUGUUCCGAUCUAGAAAACCCAUCCUCUUUCAAAUGACAUAAUGAUUGGGAUUAUAAAUGACUUGGCUCAAAGUGUGCCCCCUCUAGGAGCUGCCACUGAGAGAGCAUUUCAUUUUGAGCGUCCAGUUCAAUUAAAAUUCCAUUUGAUCCAGCUUACUUUUCACAGGGUUGUCUUCCCCAGUGAGCUGAUUACCCGGAGGUGUUUCUAGCAGCCUCCUCAGCCCUGGAGGAAUGGGGAAGGGACUGGACACGAGGAGGGACAGAGCAGGGAAAUGGGGGCUCUGCUUCCUUCGGACAGGGACUUCCUCCAACAGGCGAGAGCUUUGGUUAUUCAUCCACUGCGGAAAGUGAGAAGUCCAACUGAGGCUGAGGCACCCUGUGACCUCCUCACCUCUGACUCCAGCCCUCUAGAGGAAGACUAUGACCGUCUGAGGCCUUUAUCUUACCCAAUGACCGAUGUCUUCCUUAUAUGCUUCUCGGUGGUAAAUCCAGCCUCAUUUCAAAAUGUGAAAGAGGAGUGGGUACCGGAACUUAAGGAAUACGCACCAAAUGUACCCUUUUUAUUAAUAGGAACUCAGAUUGAUCUCCGAGAUGACCCCAAAACUUUAGCAAGACUGAAUGAUAUGAAAGAAAAACCUAUAUGUGUGGAACAAGGACAGAAACUAGCAAAAGAGAUAGGAGCAUGCUGCUAUGUGGAAUGUUCAGCUUUAACCCAGAAGGGAUUGAAGACUGUUUUUGAUGAGGCUAUCAUAGCCAUUUUAACUCCAAAGAAACACACUGUAAAAAAAAGAAUAGGAUCAAGAUGUAUAAACUGUUGUUUAAUUACGUGAGAAACAUCUUCAGUGGCCAAGGAAAUUGUCCAUUUCUCUCAGAAAGCAAAUGAAAUGCUACAGCUAUACCCAGACCUUUUAUAGGUAAUGAAGCAGUUCAAAACUUGAAAGAAAACAAAACCUGUCCUCAGAAUUCUAUAAAGGUUAUUAAGAAUGUUCCUUAAAGGUUUAAGAAGCAGUAAGCAGCAUCUGAAGCCACAAUCUAUUAUAAAUACUUUAUUUCAACUAGAAGGUACAAUCUCUCAGGGGUUUCAUAGUUUAAAAAGCUACAAUCACAUCAUGUUGUAACUACAUAAAAAACAGUGCUGUAAAUGGAACUGCUUGGCUUUGACCAUACACAUUUCUGCACAGCCCUUACAGAAUCUGCACAAAGAAGUAUCUCCCUUUGCUCCAGUUAAUUGUUCUUGUACGUAAGUUGCUUUCUAUUCCAGUAUAUCCAGAGUGGUGAAAUAACAAGGCCAGCCACGUAGCCAAAGGUCGCUCCAAGCGUACAGGAGAUGGGCCAUACCUGAGGAAAGAAUGUAUGAGAUCAAAAAAGAACAAAUGUUUUUAUUAUUACUUGAGCACAAGUGUAACCUAAAUAUUUCUAUAUUAAAGCUUAAUGUGCUUUCUUAAAGAAUGCCAAAAGUGUAAUAAGGUCAUAAUUGCAUUUAUCAUGAACACUAAAAAUGUACACAUUUUAGUUAAUGUGCAUUAAACUGUAACAAGGCUCUGGCAAUUGUAGAUUUAGUUUGAUGCUCCCCAAAGUGCAUGAGACACAUGCUAAAAUUACAAAUUAAAAUUUUGGGUCAGACUUUGCCAUAAUGCUGGACUCAAUUUAGCUCUCUGAACUAGUUGGUAAUUUUUUUUUUUUUAAUUCCCACUUUGGCUGUGUACAUCAAAUGAAAUUAGAAUUGUGUAUGUUGACCAAACUACAAGAAACUUUAAGUUGUGUUAAAGAGGGAAGACCUAGAAUCCAAGCAUGUUACGUGAAAAUUGUAACAGAACAGCUGCUUCCACCUUUCAGAUAUAGAUGUUGGAACCACAGCAGAAGUUAUAGAAUGACAACUUAUAUACACAUCUAGAAUGUAAGUUAAACAAAAUACCGGCUUCCAGAGACCCAUUUUCUCCAGCUAUAUUACAUUAGGCUAGAAGUAAUUAAUUUUGAAUUAUUUAAUCUACAAGCAGUGCAUGUGUUGGUCCCUAAGUGAAAGGCUCUGCUUAAAAAAAAAAAAAAAAAAAAGUUGGAGAAAAAUUUUCAUGUUCUUCUGUGAAGCUUAUUUGGUACACUGGAGCCAUUUCUAAUCUUUCUCUGGGGGGAACAGGCCACAGAACUGUGUUAGAGGUGAACCAUCUUAAUUACUAGUUCUAUUACCUAAUUCAGCUUCCUUGUUUGGUCUGCUGUGGAUCUGCCUUAUUGCAUAUGCCAUGCAUCAGAUAAUGGUGUUAGACAAAGCUUCAUUGUGAACAACCUAAUGCAUUUUAGAGAAACAAUCUCAUCUACACAUUUUUUUCUAGCCUUUCCUACAUUUAAACUUGCUGUUGCCUAAAUUAUAAUUUUUUAAAUGUCUUUGGUGGGCUUCCGUUAAUUCACAUGACUUAAGCUUAUAGCUAUGUCUACUGCACAGAUUGGGUAAUGGAACACUAAACUUUUAUACUUGAAAAUGACAGCCUUAAAUGCUCAUAUCAGUCACAAAUCUAGGAUGUACUGUCUUGUUGUAUGUGAGCUUUGUAGAGAUUUUUAAAAAUACAAGCAUCACCUUUCCAUUGAAGAGUGGAGAGAGUCUACUGGAUGACUGGCCAGGAACUUUCUCUCUGCAUCAGACAUUUGGAUGUCUUCUUUCUUCCAAGAAAUGGUGGUUCACAUUAAGUAUCAUGGCCUUAUGUAUGCUCAAAUGGAAUCUUAUGUAACUUUCUUAUUUAAUUUUGGUCUGCUAUUUUUAGAUAAAAUUGAAAGGAAUUGUAUAAAUCAAUUAACAUAUUAGCUAAGUUGUCCAAAACAUGGUAUAAAGGAAUUACAACAGUAAACUAUUAUACAUUUCAAACUUGCCUUUGGGGAUUUAUGAGGAUUUUUUUGGGGGGGCUCCAAUUCAUAUCUCUGAAACCCUUCACACUUGGUUUACUAGCCAUUCAAAGUUAAAAGUCUAGAAUUUGUCCUGCCCUAACAGAAACAGAUUAGGAAUUUGUCGACACAAACUGGUGUCACCUGUUUCGUGACUGGGCUUUGGUUUCCUCAUUAUAAAUAUGGGAGGUAGAACAGAGGUCUCCAACGUCUCUCCCAUUUAUCACAAUAAUUUUCUUAUUCACAGUAAUCAUUGUUGGACGUUACUUUUUCAGUUUCACAUUCUUGAGAUGGUAAAAAUCAUGUAUAUAGAUUAUCAGAACUCUAAGCAAAGAUGACUGUCGCAUCUGAAGCUGAGGUGCCUUAGGUACUCUACUGACCUUGAUGGGUUUGGAGUUCCCUAUUGCUUAUCAAGAGCUUUUUAAUUGCUUUGGUUCCUUAGUCUUUUUGCAAAAAUCCUUCCUGUCACUUCAACUAAAAACCAAAGAUUUGUUUUCUAUUAAUAAGCAGACUAGAGAAAAACUGCCUUAUUUUCAGAUGCAUGUCUUCAUUAAAAGCUCAGGUUUCAAUAGAAAAUCAGAUUAAUCACUGAAAUGACUAUUUUAAACUAGUGAAAUAUCUGGGAAAUAAACUGCUUCAAAAAUAUUUUAUUGACAUGAAUUUUGCUAGUGAAUACAAAUACACUGCCUCAAACAAGGCCAUGUAUGAAUGCACUUACAAGAAAUUUGAGUUAAUCAGUGUUUGCAUAUAGAGAAUUAGUUCUAAAGUUCUUAAAAAUAAAUUUAGGGGCUCCCUGAAAUCUUAUUUAAUACUUUGCUAACUUACACUCUUGUUUUAUCUCCACAGGUACAUUUUAGGUUAGCUCAUGGUGAAUUCUAUUUACAAUAAGUAGAGCUUGGAUUAAUGGGUUUUGUUAUGAAUUAUCUUAGUUACUUUAGACAGUGUUUCCAUUUGAUUUUUAACUAUUUAAAAUACCAAAUUAAAUACCAGUUUGUUGGUUGUUACUUUUAAAUGAUUGUUGCUUUAACAGUGUCCCUUCUUAACACAUGGGGUUACAAAUAAAAUACUAUGCAUAGUU